AUGUCUAGACACUCUGUUGGUUAUCCCUCUCUCAAAUCUCAGAGACCGUCAUCUGAGAAGCAAGAACAUGUCUCCUCUGAGGCCAGUGUAUCUAAUUGCAGUUCUACAACGAACUCCGGAACAGACUCGUCUGCGUCAACCAUUGCACAUGCAUGUAUCCACCACAGCCUUUCGACUGUUCAACUACUCUUUAUUCACAUAGGUGCUGCAUUGACACUCUUCCUAGCGACUACAGAUGCUACUAUUGUGUCAACAAGCUUGCCUACUAUCGCUAGUGAUUUACAGGCCUCAUCAAUCCAAUACACAUGGGUCGGCGUUGCGUACAUGCUCACGCAGACAGCUUUUCAGCCAUUAUACGGAAGAGUUUCCGACCUUGUAGGCCGUAAGAGCGUGCUUUACUCCAGCAUUGCCGUCUUUGCAUUUGGCUCGGCUUUGUGUGGAGCGGCUCAGUCGAUCAACUGGCUCAUAUCUGCACGAGCCAUCGCUGGUAUAGGGGGCGGAGGUAUUGUUAGCUCUGUCUGGGUCAUCACCUCUGAAGUAGUUGAAAUUCGUCAACGUGCGACGUGGUCCCAAGCUUUGAGUGUGACAUGGAGCUGCUCUGCUAUUGCUGGCCCUUUGAUUGGUGGUCUCUUCAGCGGACAAAGUAAAGGGCAUAUCGGCUGGAGAUGGGGAUUUUACAUAAACCUUCCUAUCUGCUUUUUGGCGGUCGUCAUACUUUCCCUUUCCCUUCGUCGGGUGGAAUUCGCAAAGGCAUCAAAUACCUCCUGGCAAGAACUUACAAGACGAUUCGACUUUAUUGGACUACUCUUGUUUAUGGGAGGAACAAGCUGUAUCAUAAUUGGAUUCAGCUUUGCAACCGAGAUAGGUUUCGGGAUCUUGCUUAUUGCCUUUGCACACAACGUGGCGUUCACUGCUGGAACGUUUUAUCUUGUUCUGUUUUAUCAGGCUGCCCAUGGAUCUACCCCUCUACAAUCCGGUCUGAAGCUCCUUCCUUAUUCUCUCGGAUCUUCUCUUGCCUCCAUGCCGGUUGCCUGGUUCAUUAACUAUUGGCAGGGCAGAACCCAAGAUACUAGCGGACAAAACCUCGUCAUCACGAUUGGGCUUGCAAUCUCCACUCUAGGCUUCGGCUUGUUAAAUCUUCUCAACGAGCACGCCAGCAUCGCCUUUGAAAUCGUCUAUCCAUUGGUAGCCGGGGUCGGCAUUGGAAUGCUAUUCCAUGCCCCCUAUCAGGUCUUUCUUCGUGCCCUCAAACCUCAGGAACUUGCUACAGGCACAAGUGCUUUUUUCCUCACUCGAUUUACGGGUGCAACGAUUGGACUGGCUGUCGCAGGAACGAUAUUCUAUGCUCGGGUAUCCAGUGCUCUGCCACCUGACCUGAAAUUUCGGGAUUCGUCAUCUUCAAUCAAUUAUGCCGCGAUAAAAUCUUUGCCAUCCACUCAAAAAGAAGAUGUUCUUCAUGUCAUAUCAUCAGCUAUUAGAUUAAUCUGGACCGUUUGCACACCCUGUUUGGGUAUUGCUUUUCUGAUCUCAUUUAAGCUGCGCAAAAUCCCUAGUGCUGAGGUGACAGAAAUUGCCACUGCCCACACAAUUUCAGGGACGCAAGUGUCGGUGGAGAACUCAAAUGAAAAGGUGUAA